AUGGCCAUCGCAUCCAUAUUGUCAACCUUACAAGGCCACGUCCUCAAGUCUCCACUCCAGUCCCUCGGUGUCGCAGCCAUAGUCGUCCCUAUCCUCUAUGUCAUUCUGAACGAGUUCAUCCGCUCCUCAGCCCGUGUCAAGGGCCUCAAGGGACCUACCGGUUUACCGUUGAUCGGAAACUUGGCUCAGAUUCGUGUCAACGCUGCGGAGCAGUAUCGGAUCUGGUCGAGAAAACAUGGUGCCGUUUAUCAGAUUCAGUUGGGGAAUGUUCCUGUCGUUGUGGUCAACUCGGCUGCUUCGGCUAAGGUUCUUUUCGGCCAGAAUGCGCAGGCUCUUAGUUCUAGACCUGAGUUUUAUACUUUUCACAAGAUCGUAUCAAACACCGCCGGAACAACAAUCGGCACAUCCCCCUACAGCGACUCUCUAAAACGUCGCCGCAAAGGCGCCGCCUCAGCACUCAAUCGCCCCUCAGUCGAAUCCUACGUCUCACACCUAGACAUAGAAUCGAAAUCCUUCGUGGAAGAACUCUACCGAUACGGCCAAGCGGGCAAAACCCCCGUCGACCCAAUGCCAAUGAUCCAACGCCUGAGUCUAAGUCUCGCGCUAACGCUAAACUGGGGCGUACGCAUCGCAUCACAAGAAGAAGAUCUCUUCGAUGAAAUCACCCACGUCGAGGAAGAAAUUAGUAAAUUCCGCAGUACGACAGGGAAUUUACAGGAUUAUAUUCCGUUGUUGAGGUUGAAUCCGUUUAGUUCUAAUUCGAAGAAGGCGGCGGAAAUGAGACUGCGACGGGAUAAGUAUUUGGGGAAUUUGAAUAGGGAUCUUGAUGAGCGGAUGCGGAAGGGAACGCAUGAUCCUUGUAUUCAGGCGAAUGUUAUUCUGGAUACGGAGGCUAAGUUGAAUGGUGAGGAGCUUACUAGUAUUAGUUUGACUAUGUUGAGUGGGGGUCUUGAUACGGAUAAGGCUGCUAAGGCUAUUGAGGAGUUUUAUGGGAAAGGGGAGCCGAUGUGUUCGGCUGAUGAUGAUCAGAAAUACUUCUGCGUCCUCCGACUGGCUCUACCCCGAACUUCGAUCCGGGAUAUUACUUACGAGGGUGUCGUGAUCCCCAAGGGAACGGUCUUUUUCCUCAAUGCCUGGGCCUGCAAUAUGGACCCAGACGUCUGGACAGACCCGGAAGAAUUCCGACCAGAGCGAUGGCUCGAACAACCCGACGCGCCAAUGUUCACAUACGGCAUGGGCUACCGCAUGUGUGCGGGAUCCUUACUAGCCAACCGUGAACUCUACCUCGUCUUCAUGCGGAUGCUGAAUAGUUUCCGCAUCGAACCGAACGAGGACGCGGAUUGGCAUCCUGUUAGGGGGAACUCGGAUCCGACUAGUCUUGUUGCUAUUCCGCAGAGGUAUAAGGUGCGGUUUGUGCCCAAGGAUGCGGAGGCGUUGGGCGAGAUUGUUGCUAAGGCGUGA